AUGUGGAGGAUGCAGGAGGGUAGAACACUGUCACCCCUCGCUGAAAUUGGACCGGUAGCGUGUUUAGGUGAGGAAGUCAAUCUGCGGGCGGUGGUGCCCCAUCAGGAGAGGAGACGUGUGUUGUUGCACGUGAGGACUGGUGAGACAUUUGUCAGUUACGAUAAGCAACAAAUGCGUUCGUCAGGGGUUGCCGUGGCCACGCCGAUUGACGAUACUAUUGGGGCGAUGGAUGAGGAUGACGAGGGCGGGAGGGGAAAACAUUGUGAGGAGAGUGUGUCGGUUAAUGAGAGGAGUGACGAUGACGAGUCGGAGGAUGAGGACGAUGGUGAUUUGGAUAAUGUUGAGGAUGUCGUGAAUCGCAAUGGGAGCAGGAGAAUCGGCAGGGAGGAGAAUGGGGAGGACGAGGAGGAGGGUCAUCAUGCGGAGCAGAAUGGCAACUAUCAGGAUGAUGAGGAGAUCGAGGUCGAUGUCUGUCGCGAGCCCGACAGCAAUCCCAGCAGUCCGGUUGAUCUGACAGCUUCUUCGAGGAGCUCCAGCGAUCAGUUUCAUCCUUUUGUUAAUCGCAGUAUCAAUGUUCAUGCUCUCGCGUGUUUACAGACUGCUGGGGGAAUCCAUGGUGAUGUUGUUAAUGGUGCUAGUGUUAUUGGAAAUUCAGCGACGGCCGGUGGGGGCUUCAUGGGUGGACAUGCAACUGGUUCCAUGGGGUCCUCCAUUUGCAAUGUGGGGGGGCACUUGUCUAGGAGUAAUAAUGGGGGUCAUUGUAUCAGUAAUACGGCCGGUGCGGUGACGGGGAGCAAGAGGGGACUUGCGUUUUCGGUGGAAAAUAUUCUUGAUCCUAAUAAGUUCACCGGCGGACGGGUUCAUGAUAGGAUUCAUGAGAGAAUUCAGCAUAGGAGGAGGAGGAGGAGGAGAACUGGAAGUGUUCAUGAAGAUGGUGAUUCGAGAGGGGAAUUCGCCAGUGGAAGCGGCCAGGAGGACGACGCGCAGGACCAGGUGGAGGAUAUGGAGGAAGAGGCGGAUGAGGACGACGAGGAUGACGAGGACGUGGAGAUGCAUGUGGAUCAGGGACGAGAGACUCCGAUCGCAGCUAGGGAUACGACGUCUAACGGCUCAGCGAGUAGCAAAAAGCGAUCGUCUUCGUCAACGUCCUCCAGCAAUGGUCAGGGUCAGUCCUGCGGUCAGAACUCGCAGAACGGUGGAGGCGGCUCGGGGAACUCGGGGAGCACCGGAGGCAAGCCGAGAAGAGCGAGGACAGCCUUCACGUACGAGCAGCUGGUAGCACUGGAGAACAAGUUCAAGACAACGAGGUACCUGUCAGUCUGCGAACGACUGAACCUAGCUCUGUCCCUGUCGCUGACGGAGACGCAAGUGAAGAUUUGGUUUCAAAACCGCAGGACCAAGUGGAAGAAGCAGAAUCCUGGACUGGAUGUGAACAGUCCAACUGUGCCGACGACGCCUCCUCAUCCCUCACCCUAUGGACCAGCUUUCCUCUUUGCCACACAUCCACACAGCCAUCCGCAUGCACAUGCCCACCCACAUCAGCAUCCUCACAGUCAUGUGCAUCAUCCACCACCACCACCACCUCCACCCCCUGGGUAUUACCAUCAUCCGGGUGCUUAUCCACCCACUGGACCUACCUUCUUCGGCCACCACCUGACAACACCAGUCUCAGCACCUAACGUCGUUACCUCCUCUGCACCUACCUCCACGGGUCUGUCAUUAUCAGCGCACGUCGCCCAUGCACACGCACAUCCGCACGCGUAG